UCAUUCAUAAAUCUCUUCUUCUGUUCUCUCUAAAUGCUUUCGUUCUGCAUUCUGGGGUUGUAUAAAUUGUGGGUCUGGUGAAGUUGAGGGUAUUUUUGUUCAAUCAACCAGGGGUCUUGUGAUUGGUCUUUCAGAUAUCAAGAAAUUCAUAAUGGUCGUAUCUGAAGAGAACAAUUCCACUCAGAUUAAACCCACAAGGGCACAAGGAGGGGCAGUAAUCGGGGGCAGAAAGUUUGGAAUGGAGCUGAGACCCAACAGAAGAGCUUUGAGUGUGAUUAAUCAGAAUAUAGUGGGAGCUCAGCCUCGUCCAUAUCCCUGUGUUGUAAACAAGAGAGGCUUAUCGGAAACAAAUGGGAUUUGUGAUAAGAAUCCUCCAAUUCAAGCACAUAGGCCAAUCACAAGGAAAUAUGCUGCACAAAGGUCAACCUUGCAGCAACCUUGCCCAGAGGAAGUGAAGAAGCCAAAAACAUCAGUGAAUGAGUUUAUUGUAUUGGAGGAUACUCCUCUUGCAGAUGUAAAGGAUAAUGGGGCAGUUAAAGACCAACUUGUGCCCAUGUCUUUGGAACAAACAGAAAUAGAAAUCAGUGAAAAAAAUCAAAUGGAGGAGGUUGAAAUGGCAGACAUCUUUGAAGAGACCAUUACGGAUAUAGAUAGCGAUGAUUCAAAGGAUCCACUUGCAGUUGUUGACUAUGUCGAAGAUCUAUAUAAGUUCUACAAGAAAACAGAGGUAAGAAAUCGUAAUGACUGUGAGAUUAUUUUAGAAGAAGAUUGGCUUAACACCAAAAAUAUCUCGAAGAUCUUGGAGACACUAGUUCGGGACUUGGUAGAGAUUGUGGUUGGCCUUGUGGAGGGACUUGGGAGUUGGUGGGGAGAGGAGGAGGGGCUACAAAACGAUCAAUUUGAGGGUAUUUUUGUUCAAUCAACCAGGGGUCUUGUGAUUGGUCUUUCAGAUAUCAAGAAAUUCAUAAUGGUCGUAUCUGAAGAGAACAAUUCCACUCAGAUUAAACCCACAAGGGCACAAGGAGGGGCAGUAAUCGGGGGCAGAAAGUUUGGAAUGGAGCUGAGACCCAACAGAAGAGCUUUGAGUGUGAUUAAUCAGAAUAUAGUGGGAGCUCAGCCUCGUCCAUAUCCCUGUGUUGUAAACAAGAGAGGCUUAUCGGAAACAAAUGGGAUUUGUGAUAAGAAUCCUCCAAUUCAAGCACAUAGGCCAAUCACAAGGAAAUAUGCUGCACAAAGGUCAACCUUGCAGCAACCUUGCCCAGAGGAAGUGAAGAAGCCAAAAACAUCAGUGAAUGAGUUUAUUGUAUUGGAGGAUACUCCUCUUGCAGAUGUAAAGGAUAAUGGGGCAGAGGAGGUUGAAAUGGCAGACAUCUUUGAAGAGACCAUUACGGAUAUAGAUAGCGAUGAUUCAAAGGAUCCACUUGCAGUUGUUGACUAUGUCGAAGAUCUAUAUAAGUUCUACAAGAAAACAGAGAUUCCAUGGAAAUAUGCUGCACAAAGGUCAACCUUGCAGCAACCUUGCCCAGAGGAAGUGAAGAAGCCAAAAACAUCAGUGAAUGAGUUUAUUGUAUUGGAGGAUACUCCUCUUGCAGAUGUAAAGGAUAAUGGGGCAGUUAAAGACCAACUUGUGCCCAUGUCUUUGGAACAAACAGAAAUAGAAAUCAGUGAAAAAAAUCAAAUGGAGGAGGUUGAAAUGGCAGACAUCUUUGAAGAGACCAUUACGGAUAUAGAUAGCGAUGAUUCAAAGGAUCCACUUGCAGUUGUUGACUAUGUCGAAGAUCUAUAUAAGUUCUACAAGAAAACAGAGAGUUGUAGCUGUGUUUCCCCAGGAUAUAUGGCUCAACAAUUUGACAUCAACGAGAGGAUGAGGGCCAUUCUCAUUGACUGGCUCAUAGAGGUACACCACAAAUUUGAACUUAGGGAAGAAACAUUGUUUCUAACUGUGAAUUUGAUAGAUCGAUUUUUAGCAAAGCAAACUGUGGUGAGAAAGAAGCUGCAGCUAGUUGGUCUGGUUGCCAUGCUAUUGGCAUGCAAAUAUGAGGAAGUUUCUGUUCCGGUUCUAGAUGAUCUGGUUUUAAUUUCGGACAAAGCUUACACAAGAAAAGAAGUCCUUGACAUGGAGAAGUUGAUGCUUAACACUUUGCAGUAUAAUUUGUCUGUUCCAACUGCAUAUGUUUUUAUUAGAAGAUUUCUCAAGGCUGCUCAGUUUGAUAGAAAGCUGGAACAACUCUCGUUCUUCUUGAUUGAGCUAUGCCUAGUGGAGUAUGAAAUGCUGAGAUAUCCACCUUCAUUUUUGGCUGCUGCUGCUAUACAUACAGCUCAGUGUACACUUUUUGGUGAUGGGAAUUGGAGUAAGACCUGUGAGAGGCAUACCACCUAUCCAGCAGAUCAGCUGCUCGAAUGCUCUAGACGUAUUGUGGGCUUCCACCAAAACUCAGCAACAGGCAAACUUACUGGGGUUCAUAGAAAGUACAAUAUAUCAAAGUUUGAAUAUGUAGCAAAAUCUGAACCCGCAAAUUUUCUUCUUGUACAAACCCCACCACAGUAGAUAGAGAGCCAUACACUUACUCACUGUAAGUGAAGAAAUUCCUUCUAUUGAUUCUUCUUAAUUGGUGGUUUGGGAGAUUGGGGGAGCAAGUUAUGUUGCCGCCCAUGGUCAUUGAAUCCGUUCACUAUUUUAAACA